ACUGAAGCGACGCAGACUGUUGUCUUGCCUCCUGAAGCCAUGUCGAACUGCAAAAAUACACAUUUAAGGUUUGGCCUCUUGUCAGAGAGCAAAGGGCUUCAAUGUCAGUCUUAUGCCACUUCCGAGCAAGCGUGGAAGCCAGGUCACCAACCUCACAUGAGUUGCAAUAAGGACUGUCCUCAGCACGGUGUGUCUGGUGGCCUCAGAGACUGGCACUGCCCAGUUUGUCUACAGACUGCCAUCUUUCCAGUAGAGACCAAUUGUGGGCAUCUUUUCUGUGCCUCUUGUCUUAUAGCCUACUGGAGACAUGGGGCCUGGCUUGCUGCCAUCACCUGCCCUCUAUGCAGACAAAAGGUUAGUGUACUAUGCCACCUAUUCCGAGAGAGCAGAACAGACCGACAAGAAAAGCAGGUGAUGGGGGACAUCAGAGAGUACAACAAGCGUUACUCUGGAGCACCAAGAAGGGUUGCAGAUUACCUGUACGAUACACCCCUGUUCCUGCACCUGCUCUUGCGUGGCAUGAGAAACAUGAGCAGUUUGGUGUGGCUCUUCUUUCUACGGGUGGCCGUGUGCUGUUUCGGAGCAGCUAUGUCCCUAGCCUCCCCCCUGGAGUCCAUUCCAGAGCCCUCCUGUGGGGUCCUUGGGCUCUUGGAUGACCUUGUCGUGGUCUUUCUACUGCUGAUCUCUGUCCUCAACAUCAAUCAACAGAUGGGGAGGGAGAGGACGGCCAUCGCUCAGACGGCCACUCGAGGUGUCCUUACCGAUUCACUUUAGCACAAGCACAGCACUAGGCACUGCUGUGAUAGUCCUGACUGAGCACCGCAGUGAUACACGGGGCCCCAAAUCACUCCCAGUAGUGGGGAAGGUUACACGACUACAUAGCUGCAUGAGGUCCAGUGAUUGGCUUACAGGAGCAUGACAGAGAAGUGUUACACACAGGGUACCAACUUCCUGUGGCAGACACAAAACACUAUGGUAAAUGACGGGUCCCGUUUCAAUGCAGUUUGGAGUAACGUCACCAGUUUACAGCAAUAGACCUGUAGCAAACAUGUCACAUUAGUGGACGGUUUCUCUUAACAGAUCAUUUUAGUUUGUCUCCAUAAAUAUAAACAAUGGUAAACGGAUGAAAAUUUUGAUCAGCAUUUUAAAAAUUAAAAUGGGAAUGCAAGUGCUGAAAUGCCCCCCAUAAAAUAUAUUUUAUUUAAAACGAAAUGCUUGGGAUGCAAAUAACUUUGAGAUAAACACAAUCAGUAUUUGUAGAUUUCCCUAAAGCUAUUAAAGCUGUUAUUAGGUUUUUAUAUAAUAUUAUU